UCUAUGAUCAAUUAUCUACGAUGAUUAAGCGAAGAAUCGAAACUGCAAAAAAUCGACGACCGUUAAGAUGUCCCAAGAAAUCAGAAACAAUUUAUAACAGCACUUUGCUGUAUCUCAAGUUUGUCCUCGUCUGGGGUGGUGUUUUACUCGCUGACUUCAUGCUUGGGGUCCGGUUCGAGUACCUCUGGCCAGUCUGGCUCUUCUUACAGUCAGUGCAUGACACCUACAAAUAUCAAGGAUUGGCAUUUAGCUUGUUCUUCAGUUGUCUCAGUUUAACAUCAGAUAUUAUCUGUUCAUAUGCUAUCAAAGAUGACUGGAUAUUCUUUCUAGCAAGCUCUUAUGUCUGGGUGCAAUAUGUUUGGCAUACGGAGAGAGGAGUUUGUUUACCAACAAUCGUUCUCUGGUUCCUGUUCGUUUGGGUAGAAGCGGCUGUGAGACUUAAAGACAUUUCCAAAGACAUGAGUCAUAGAGUGAAUCUAUGUCGACCAUUUGCUGCUCACAGUAUUGGAUACCCUGUAGUAACCCUUGGUUUUGGGUUCAAAAGUUACAUCACGUACAAGCUCAGACUCCGAAAACAGUCAGAAGUGCAGAAAGAGAAUGAUUUCUAUUUUCAACUUCUCAAAAGAGCGUUACCACAGCAGACUUUACCAUUUGACCAGUAUCCGCUGUUUGACGAAGAACCACGCAUGAUGAAUGGGCACGUUGGUCAAGCUGGAAUCACAAAUCAGCCAACAAUCUCAGGACUUCUGGGGAAUCGCGGGGAUACUGGAAGCGUCGAUCGAACCACUACUUGGGUGCAAAACCAUUCAGCUCAUCCAGGAGCCAACGGUUUGACUCAUCGACCGAAUGUCGUGAGGGGAAAUAACACAUCAAAUGAAGCUGAAACUGCGCGAUCUACACAAUCCACUGGUGUUAAUUUCUCCUUUUGGCGUUCUUCUAGAACACCUAGCAUUGAAAGUAACCUGAACAAGCACAAUCAAAUUAAUAGUACAGGGUCUAUAUCCGCGAACAAAGGUAUUAGUGGUUAUGCCAACCCUCAGGCGAACAACCCUGCGGUCACGUCCACAGCUACUGGUCACAUAGGUAUAACUCAGAACGGAACUGUAGUUGCUGGGUCGCCAAGUAGCACCACCCAAAAUAGCAAUAGCCAAACUGCCGGCAACGCUGCAGUUGCAAACCAGUCCUCUCAUCCAAAAAUUCCAGACACCAUGCGCACUCUGGCCCACGUAUUCAAUAGCUGCUUAACUCCUUCGGUCAACGCCUCUGGCGAGGGCUCGAAAAAGAAUGUGGGAGAGUCUCCUAAGUCUGAAGAAUCACAAGUAACAGUUCAAUCAAGUACAAACGUAUCUGCGGUUCCAUCAACCGGAGUUUCUAUAUCCACAAAAUCUUCUCAAUCUAAUAAGCGCGAUGCGGGCAAUAAGAAGGUGGGGGGCAGUAACAGUGGCGCCAACACAGGUCGGGAGUCUAGGAAACAACGUGCUAAUAAUAACAACAGCAACACAGGAGCCAGCAAUUUCAACUCGAGUAACCCAGAUUUUAAAAGUGGCACUGCUGCAGGUUUGUCCAUGACCUCUAGCUCUAUCUCGAACUGGCUGGAGCCGAACAACAACCACCUCUCUUCUACUUCUAUCGUCACUACAUUCGACAGCUUAACAGACACAGAGAAACUGCAAAAAAUGGAGGAGCUGGACAUUCUGGUGAAGAGUCUGAGUGCUGACUUGUCGGCGAAGGGCAUGAUCAACCAAGAGCUGCAGAGUAAGAACCAGGAGUUCCAGUCCAAGAUAACCAGUCUGUCAUCCACGGAGAGACACAGCAAACAGGAGAUAGAACAGCUUAAAAACGAGAAGAAGGAACUGGAGAAACGCAUCACAGAUCUGUCACUGCAGAAGGUGGCGGCCAAUAGCAAAGUGGAGACAUUGGAGAUGCGACUGGAGAGUGAGAAGAAGGGCAAAGUGGAUGCGGAGAAGAGGGCGCAGGAGGAGAAGCACAGAGCCAAGCGGACAGUGGAGGAGGAACUGACCAAGUUCAUGUCUGACAUCGCCAAGAAGAACGAGUGUACAUCUAGUAACUGUAGCAAACGAUCGAAGGAUCUGGAACUAGAAAAGAAUCAGCUGCAAGUCGAACUUGUCAGAAAGAGUGAACGGAUGCUGAACAUGGAACAAGAGCUAGAGACGUUGCGAGUGCUGCGAGAUGACUUGGCGGAGAAGAGUAAGGAGAUAGCGAGGGUGCAGGAGUUGAACAGUCGACUGGAGAGCAAUCUGAGCAUGGAGAACAAGUACAAGAUGGAUCUGUUUUCCGCCCUCAACGAGUGCAACAGGAAAAUCAACAGCUUCCAAAUUGAAAUCGGACAGAAGAACAAAGAAAUCUAUGAGCUGCAAAUUCGGGCCGCUAGUUUUGGAGCGUCAAAUGGCACAGGCGAUCGCUACUCUUUCAUGUCCAUGAACGGACCCUCACAGAAUAUCCCUAGUAUCCAUAGCUCAAAUGUCUCGAAUGGUAUGCAACAACACCCGAGUAUGCAACAGUCGUCGCAAUUGCAUGAAAGUCCUCCGAAUAUCAUGACUAGCCCGCCUGGAAGCGCACAGGCGUUCUACCUGCCAGCUCAGAUCCAACAGCCACAAGUCACACGAAACUCGCCCAUUAAUCUCAGCAACUUGAACCCAGAAGCCAUAGCUUACAACCCGGUCAGUCACCCGGCGGCAGUGGUGUCCAGUGGAGCCCCAGUAGGAAUGCAGAACGGCGGCGUGAUCCAGACAUCCGGAGCAGGCAUGAUGGGACAGGUGAUUUCGAUGGGACUCCAGUCCAAUGGGGUGGUUGUCACUGGCAACGGAGGAGGGGGAGUUAAUGCGGGGACCACUGUUGACUACCAUCCAAUCAAAGUAGAGCCAAAAAGUGAAUAGAAAAUGUAAACACGAUGAGGUGGUACUAUUGAUUGGAGACACAGUGAAAGACAACAAACUUUAUAAACUAAUUUCCAGAUAAUUUUAGCCAGUUCAAGUAUCGUGUCGGAAGGAAA